GAUCCCGGGGCCCCAGCGCAGGCGCGGCCGCUGCCCGCCCCGUCGGGGCGGCGCUUGGGGACGCGGAGCGCAGCGGGCGGCGGAGCGCGAUCGUGCACCGGGCACCGGGCACCGAGCAGGGCCGGUGGGGAAGGAUGUUUUCCUCGGUGAAGCCGUACGAGAACCAGCGCUACGCCUCCCUGAAGAAGGAGUGCCUGCGGAGGAAGCAGCUCUUCGAGGACCCACUCUUCCCCGCCAACGAUGACUCUCUCUUCUACAAGUCGAGGAUCCAGGGCAUCCAGUGGAAGCGGCCAAAAGAAAUCUGCGACGAUCCCCGUCUCUUCGUGGAUGGGAUCAGCUCCCAUGACUUACACCAGGGCCAGGUUGGGAACUGCUGGUUCGUGGCCGCCUGCUCCUCCCUGGCGUCCCGCGAGUCUCUGUGGCAGAAGGUCAUCCCAGACUGGAAGGAGCAGGAGUGGAACCCUGAGAAACCGGAGAGCUACGCAGGGAUAUUCCACUUCCAAUUCUGGCGCUUCGGGCAGUGGCUGGACGUGGUGAUAGAUGACCGCCUGCCCACGCUCCACAACCAGCUCAUCUACUGCCACUCCAACUCCAGGAACGAGUUCUGGUGCGCCUUGGUGGAGAAAGCUUAUGCCAAGCUGUCAGGCUGUUAUGAGGCCCUGGAUGGAGGCAACACAGCAGAUGCCCUGGUAGACUUUACUGGUGGGGUCUCUGAACCGAUUGACCUGACCGAAGGGGACUACAUCACCGAUGAAGCCAAGCGAAACCUCCUCUUUGAGCGUGUGUUGAAGGUGCACAACCGGGGAGGCCUCAUCAGCUGCUCCAUCAAAGCCACAUCGGCGGCUGACAUGGAGGCCCGCCUGGCCUGCGGGCUGGUGAAGGGCCACGCGUACGCGGUGACAGACGUGAGGAAGGUCCGCCUGGGCCACGGAUUGCUCUCCUUCUUCAAGUCGGAGAAGCUGGACAUGAUCCGCAUGCGGAACCCAUGGGGUGAACGGGAGUGGAACGGCCCUUGGAGUGACACCUCUGAGGAGUGGCAGAAAGUGAGCAAAAGUGAAAGAGAGAAGAUGGGGAUGACAGUGGAAGACGAUGGAGAGUUCUGGAUGACCUUCGAAGACUUCUGCAAAUACUUCACGGACAUCAUCAAGUGCCGUCUCAUCAACACAUCCUACCUCAGCAUCCAUAAGACCUGGGAGGAGGCAGUGCUCCGUGGGGCGUGGACCAGAAGUGAAGACCCCUUGAAGAACCGCAGCGGAGGCUGUAUCAACCACAAGAACACCUUUUUGCAGAACCCCCAAUAUGUGUUUGAUGUGAAGAAAGCAGAAGAUGAAGUGCUGAUCUCCAUCCAGCAGAAGCCAAAAAGGACCAGUCGCAAAGAAGGCAAAGGAGAGAACUUGGCCAUAGGCUUUGAUAUCCAUAAGGUGGAGCUGAACAGGAACUACCGCAUGCACACCCUGCAGCAGAAGGUGGCCAGCUCCAUCUACAUCAACUCCCGCAGCGUCUUCCUGAGGACGGAUCUGAAGGAAGGCCGCUACGUUAUCAUCCCUACCACGUUUGACCCUGGGCACGAGGGCGAGUUCCUCCUCAGGGUUUUCACAGAUGUGCCUUCAGAUUGCCGAGAGCUGACACUGGAUGAGCCACCACACACCUGCUGGAGUGGGAUGUGCGGCUACCCACAGGUGGUGUCCCAGAUCCACGUCCUUGCUGCAGCUGGGCUCAGGAACCAGGAUUCCCAAGGAGGAGCUGACCCUUACGUGAUCAUAAAGUGCGAAGGGCAAAAGGUUCGCUCCCCGGUGAAGAAGGACACGGUGUCUCCAGAGUUUGAUGUGAAAGGCCUCUUCUACCGCAAGAAGCCAGGACAACCCAUCAUAGUUCAGAUCUGGAACCACAACUUGAUAAGUGACGAGUUCUUGGGCCAGGUGGCACUCACGGGAGACCCCAGCGACCUGCAGGCUGUGCACACGCUGCACCUCCAGGACAAAGGGAACAGGAGAUCAAACGAUCUGCCUGGAACCAUCGCCGUGAGGCUGCUCAGCAGCAACGUGCUCACCAACGUCUGAGCCCUCAAGGACUUUUCUCCGGUGCCACAUAUGUAUAUAUAUACAUAUACAGACGUGCACACGCACACAUAUAUAUACACCCAGCCUCUCUACCACCUGCAAGUGUGUAGGAACGAUGCAUGCAUUCCACUCAAAGGAGCCAAAUUUGUGUUCUCAGUGUUCAAAACGGUGCCUUUUGGGGGAACCGCAACGAUCCUUCUGCCGGCGUCCUCUGCAGCCCCAUCACCGCCGCGCACCCCGGGGCAUCUCCGCGUGUCCCGACAGCCAGAGCACGAUGCCCUGGUGCUCUUUGUUUACACGGGGCUGGCACGCACGUGCCACCGUGCACACGUGUGGCUGCCGUGGUGCCACCAGCCGCUUCAACGCCUCUUCAGUGUCUCUGCUUGGGUGUAGAGUAGGGCGCGGGGAGUCCUCUCCCCGCGAAUUGCCAUUUAAUCGCUUAUCCGAGGAGGAGGCCACGUCAGCAAAGCAGAAGUGGAAAAAUAGAUUGGGGCUUUUGGGAUGUUUUCCGGGUUUCUGAAGGAUGCAAAGAUGCCAAGGAGUGUGGUGGGACAGUUGUUCUCCAGAGCCAGGGUUUUUGAGCCGGUCUGGUCUCACCUCCUGGGUGUGCCUCUCAAACUGCCGUGGUGCCUGCUGUCUCCAUUGCUUCGUGCAGUCCCUGUCUCUAGAGCUUGAAUUUGGCUUUUGGCUGAGUGGGGUUGGGUUGCCUGAUGGAUAUCAACAUUUAGGUAAGAGGGGAACAGUUCCCCCCAAGACCAGAGCAUCAGGUCUGAUGGAUGAGGAGCCUUGCUCAAUGGGCAUCAGCUUUACUGCUGCAUACAGAUCUCCAUCGCAUCAUUUCUCAGUGCUUCACUUUCCCAAAUUCUUUUUCAAAGCCGUGGGAUUUUAUCUUGUGCUAAAGGAAAGGAGCACUGCUCCCAGCACAGCCUGAAAAUGCUAGAAAUAUUUAAUGCAAAUCAAUGCCCAUCUCCCUCCUUUAAUUUCCAUCUGCUAGCCUGGAGGAUGAGUAGCACAGGGCUAAAGUCAGUCCCACAAGCACAACCCAAACACAUUUUCAGGGGUCUGAGCAUGGUCCUGCAGUGUGCAGGAUCGUGCUCUGCUCCUGUUUGCCGUGAACCCUGGGUUUAUCUUCCCUGUUCCACUGGGUGGCAGAAUCCGGCUUCAUUUAAACCAUCCCAGUUGAAGGAAAACAAGCCCUCAUCUGCCCCAUCUGAUCACGGCACAUUGCAAAGCAUUUUUUCUUCUGUUGUUUAGGUGUAGGGUUUUUUAUGUGCCUUUCAAAAUGGUGAGAGUUAAGGGUAUUUCUGUGAACUUCACAUGAUUUUUUUAAUACGCAGAUCUUCUGCAGUCACAUCCGCGCAAGGGGAAGGGAACACACACGAUGCAAUGCUUCCUGCAAAUGGGAUUUUUUUUAAUAGGUACAAGGCAAUCAUGAUAAAUCCUGGCCUGAGCAGAGUCCUCUGGCUGCAAGGAUAAGUGAACAAGCUCUCUAUUGCUACAGCAAGUAGGAUUUCUGUCUAUCCUGCAAAAUGCCCGUGUUUGUGCUGUAAAGCUGUAAUUUUUUAAAGUCCCUAAAGAUCUGCUAAGUCUGUAACAUGCUAAAUUGUUUCCCAAAGUCAAGUUAGGUGCCAGCUCCUAAGGCUGUUCUCCUUUCCUCAUCAUUAGCUGCCAAGCUCCUAAGGGCACGAACUGGAUUUUGGGCAGCAUGAUUGAGGGUUAUUCCGAUUUGAUCCUGGGUUUGUGCAUGGGAUUCAUCACUGAAAAUAAGUGGAAGCAGCGCUGCGGGGCCAGAAAGUCUGCUUUAGGUCUUAGGAGAGGAUUUGGGAUGCCUGGAAAUACCCAGGAGAGGAGGGAGAAGAGCCACUGAGCUGGAGGAGAACAUCAAGGGAACAUCACAGGAGCUUUGCACCAUCAGCAGACAGUGGGGACAGCCGGCGUGCCCGCUUGAGCCUCAUUUUCUCAGGAAAUCAGGCUGCCCAUCGCUUCAGCCUUUUGGCCGGGGUGCCCAAAAAAAAGCUUGCUGGGGGGCAGCGCUGCCCCGACAUUCACGGCCAGUCUCCUUCCUUCUACAGAGAAUCAAGCCAUAAAGAAAGGCAGCUUUUUAAUACCUUCUUCAGAAAAAAAUCAUCAUCAUCAUCAUGCCAUAUCAGGACCAAAACUUUUUAAUGUCAGUAAUAGUUCUGUUCUUUUUUUCUUUUUUUUCUUUUUUUUUUUUCUUUUUGAAAAUAUUAAGUUUUUUCUUCCUUCUUUCCCCCUUCAUUUCCAAGGGAAUGACAAAAAUUACCUUUUUUUUUUUUUUUUUCUUAUGUUUGCAGAGUGGACUGGGGAGGGCACUUAUUGAAAUGCCGUUGUGAUUGCCGAUGCCUUUUCUCUUUGAAUGAAGCAAAUGGAAAUAUUCAAGGUUUCUCGAUAAGCCUGCUAAGCACUUUCCAGUCCCCCCCGGGAUGGCGUAGGACAUAUCUCUGAUUUAUCUUCCAUUUUUUUAUGAAUCAUUUCAUUGAUUGCAAGUAGCCUGCCGUUGCACUCCGUGAAAUCCGUUUUAUUUUUCGUGUUGUGAGCGUCUUAAACCAGGCUAUGACUUGUCUUCACCUCCACAGGCACUGACGUGUCACGCUGCACAAGAGCAGAGAGCGGGCCAAACAGAAAGCCAACGUUGUACAGCUGUAAACCUCCUAUAAAUAAAUUGGGUAUAUUUUAUUCAGAA